CGACCGCUUGUUGCUCUCUGAAAUAUGCCUCGCCAGGUCGAUACCGAAGGCACCGAGUCCAUAUCAAGCGACGAACUUCAGCUGGUGAAUAGUGUCACCUUGGAGCCCCGCUGGGACGGUGAUUCUCUGCAGGAUGAUCACGUUAGAAUGUUCUGAAGGCAUAAUCUACUGGUAACGUAGCCUCUCUAGCGGAGUAACCGUCUGGGCUGCGGGUAUCCAAGUCGGCGGACAGUCGCGUCUAGUCUCGCCCAUUGGAGCUGCCCGUUCUGGUGCAGCGAAGAUAGUGCAGACUAGAGCGAUUCGAUGCUUGAUAGGAUUGAGAUUAUACCGCUUGAACCUGAUCAGUGUCCAUACCUGCGGAGGGAAGCCCCCAGAGUUGCUCCAAUUUCACCUCUCCCAAGGGAGAGGAGUUAGAACCCUGCUGACCUUGAUUUUGUCUGAUCCUUAGCAAAAGCUGGGUUACAAGCAGACCUUGCAUCGAUCCUGGCAUUUUAUUGAAAGUUUCGCGGCGAGCUUCGCGGCACUCGAUUUUAUCAACGGCGUUCGCGCCGUGUUUUUCCUCGGCAUAUAUGCUGGUGGACCUGCUGCGAUGUGGUCCUCUUACCUGAUCACUUGCGUGUUCAUGUGGAUCACUGCAGCCGUUCUCGCCGAAAUUUGCUCCGCCCUGCCUGUGAGCGGCUCGAUCUACACAUGGGCCGCUGAAAGUGCGGGUCCCAAGUAUGCCCGCUUCUUUGGCUUUAUUGUUGCGUUUUGGAGUUCGACUGCCUGGUCUACAUUUGCAGCCAGCAAUUGUCAAACAACGGCCAAUUACAUCGUGUCGCAACUCGCCGUCUGGGAGAUCGAUUUUCCCGGGGGUAUCGACAACAAUAAUGUCAACUGGAGGGCGCUCAUUUGGGCUAUUUCGGAAGGGCUACUGAUUCUUUCAGUUGCCAUGAACUACCUACAUCCGAAGUGGUUCUCCUGGAUCUUCAAAUUCUCAGUGGCCUGGGCACUGUUCGACUUUCUUCUUAUGGUUAUCUGGCUACCCAUUGGAGUUUCUAGAAGCUAUGGCUUCAGGUCCGCUUCUGAUGUAUUCACCCUCUAUUUUAACGGCACAGGUGCGCCUGACGGCUGGAACUGGAUUCUAUCCUUCUAUGUGGCGUCUGGAACGCUGGUUGGGUUUGAUGCGUCUGGCCAUAUCGCCGAAGAGACAAAGAAUGCUAGUAUCACAUCGGCCCGCGGUAUUUUCUGGAGCGCAAUAGCAACUGGAAUACUAGGAUUCCUGACCACCAUCCUUUUUCUCUUCUGCACGCCAGACUUUGACACGUUGUUCGCACUGGGCGCCCCUCAACCUUUCGUUCAGAUCUUCGCGCUCGCCUUUGGUCCUGGCGCCAGUAUAUUUCCGACGAUCGUGGCAACCAUCGGCUUAAUUUUGAACACGACAUGUGCGAUCGUGGCUUCUAGUCGUCUUAUCUUCGCCAUUGCCCGUGACGGAGUGUUGCCUGGUUCCGAUUGGCUCGGUAAAGUUGAUGAAAAUGGCCAGCCCAAGAAUGCCGUCACUUUCAUCUUUAUAUUUGCCGCUCUCCUUUUGUGUACCAUUCUUCCUAGCAACGUCGCCUUUACAUCGCUCGUCUCCGCCGCAGGCAUACCAACUGUGGCGGCAUACGGCUUGAUUGCCGCUUUGCGCCUAUUCUUGACACCAAACGAUUUUAAGAUAAGCAAAUUCAAUCUCGGUCGAUGGGCCAAGCCUUUCUACAUAUGCGCCAUUUUCUUCAAUGCCAUUGUUUUCGCUACCAAUUGUUCGCCCUUCUUCUUUCCAGUGACGGACACAUCGGAGAUCAACUACUCACCAAUCAUAUUUGGUGCUAUUACCCUCCUUGCACUUUCAGCAUGGUGGGUAACGCCGGCGGAUAAAUGGUACAGCCGCUCUCAAGCUACCCAGUUAUUCGAGAGCGCGGACGGUGAAGACGUUAUGCCGAAGGCUCAAGGCAUUAACUGAAGCCUAACUCAUUGAUCUUGAAUAUCGAACGUGAUAUUGACAAUGGAUGAAUGGAUCGAUGGUUGGAAUAUCUGCAAAUGCUAUGAAAGACUGCGUUGACAAGCCCCUUCCACGUCUGCAAUCUCCUUCGGCGCAUUGGCCGAAAGGACGACGCUGUGAUCCGACUGGAUAAGGACGCAAUCCUAUCCACUCAGUCAAUUCACGCCUCUCCAAUGCUGGACAAUAAGUGCCGCACCUCUAUCCGUAUGCCCAUGUUGUGGAAAUAUCUCGGAAUGCGGUCAAAGGGAGGGACAUAGACCCCAGGUUCGACUGCAUUCGAUCAGAAAGAUACAGACAGGGAAAUAAGCAAUUUACCAGU